UACUUCCGACUUUUCACAUUGGGUGUUUGCCGCUCUCUAGUCUGAAACUAUGAAGCUCGUCUCGUGGAAUAUUAACGGCAUUAGGACGUUUAAGGGCGGCAUUAAAACAGCCGUUGAUAGACUGGACGCAGAUAUCAUCUGUGUCCAGGAGACAAAAGUCACAAGAGACCUGCUGGACGAAAAGACGGCUAUUGUUGACGGUUACAACUCUUAUUUCAGCUACAGUCGAGGACGCAGCGGUUAUUCAGGGGUUGCAACUUACUGCAGGGAUAGUGCCACUCCUUUUGCUGCUGAAGAGGGCCUGACAGGUCUGCUGAACAACCAUGAAAGAAGUGUUGGAUGCUAUGGAGCCCACACUGACUUUUCAAAUGAGGAGCUGCAGCUUUUGGACAAUGAGGGGCGAGCCAUCAUCACGCAACACAAAAUACUGUGUCAGAACAAAGAGAAGACUGUUUCUGUAAUAAAUGUCUACUGCCCACGGGCUGACCCAGACAAGCCAGAGCGAAAGCUGUUCAAGCUGCAGUUCUACAAGCUGCUUCAGAGUCGGGCCGAAGCUUUAUUAAAAGGCGGGAGCCAUGUGAUUAUUUUAGGAGAUGUGAAUACUUCUCAUCGGCCAAUAGACCACUGUGACCCAUGUGAUAUUGAUGAUUUUGAUGAAAAUCCUGGGAGGAAAUGGCUGAAUGGCUUUUUGUACAGUAGCAGGCAAGAAGAAGAAGAGGAGACUGACGAAGAGGACCAUAAUAAAGAGAUUGAGAUAACAGAUUGUGCCCAUAUGGGAAGAUUUGUAGACACCUUCCGGUACUUUCACCCAGCUCGUACCAAUGCCUUCACGUGUUGGUCCACCCUCACUGGAGCCCGACAAACUAACUACGGCACACGAAUUGAUUAUAUAUUUGCGGACCGCCGGCUCGUCCAGGAGCAGUUUGCAGGGGCAGACAUCAUGCCUGAGGUGGAGGGCUCGGAUCACUGCCCCGUUUGGGCGCAACUGAAAUGUUUGCUUCUUUCCAGCUCCAAACCUCCACCCCUCUGCACUCGCUAUCUGCCAGAGUUUGCUGGCAAACAGCAGAAACUCUCUCGCUUCCUGGUUAAGGUGGACCAAAAGCUCUCUCAGACUGAGCCGAAGGAAGCUUUACCUGAAUCUCAGGAAGAGGAGGAACGAAGGGAGAACGUGAACCCAUUUCACGCCAAUAACGUCUCUGGUAAAAAACGGUCAUCCGCAUCAGAAUCUGUUGCCCCUAAGGGGAAAAGGUCUAAGAUAACAAAUACCUCUUUAAAGCCACGGGGUAACCUCCUUUCUUUCUUCAAACCCAAGCUCACAGAUGUUGAACAAUGUGAAAACAAACCUGGUCUGGAUGAAUUUACCGCAUCACACAACAACCCUAAGGCAUCCACAACUAGUGAGCUGUGUUCAGGCACGGGCACCACAACUGAAGACACCGAGCUUGUUGUCGAUGCUCCAUCCCAGCUGUGCACCAGCAGCACCACAGGAGAAAAGGACAGAAUGGUGAAGACCAAACAGUCGGCCUCUCAGCUCUCUGUGGGGCAAUCGGAUGUCAAGAAAGGAGCAUCAUCUGUGUUUUGGAAGUCUGUGCUCCACGGUCCACCCCCAGCCCCCUGCUGCAAGGCGCACAAGGAACCUUGCGUGCUUCGUACUGUGAAAAAAGAGGGCCCAAACAUGGGCAAACAGUUCUUUGUGUGUGGACGGCCUCAGGGACAUGCCUCCAACCCAGAGGCUCGCUGUAAUUUCUUUAUGUGGGUAGAAAAAGGAAAGUAAAGUGUUCAGCAGUUAAAACUUCAUACAGAUACGUCUCAUCAUUUCCCAUUUUUUAUAGAUUUAUAUUUGGUUUUUUUACUUAAAAAAAAUAAAGUAGUUUUAUAUUA